UAAACAUAAUAUUUAGCAUCCAUCGUUUUGGAUACAAUAUGUUAAGGUGAUCGGUGUUGUUUAGAUGGAUUGUUUCACAAGCUUAGACGCCUGGAUAAGCUCUUGGUGCUGGGGAUUUUGAAUAUUGAUAUUUGGGAACUUUCUGAUAUCACUAUUAUUCAUAUUGGGACACCGGGGCCAUUACCUGGACUUUAAAUGCUCUUUGGUACUAUUGUCCAGAAAUCAUCUCUUCUUGAUUAGCUUUCUUAUUCACCUUACUAUCCGGAAUUGGAAAAAGGGUAAACAAAACACAAUUUGGGGUUUGUGGUUUAGCUUUUAACCUAGCUCAUGACUUUGGGUGUAGUGUAGUGCGAAAUGAGAUUCUGAGAAUGAUGACGGCACCUUUCAAAUUUUAGAUCAUAUUCAGAAUCUAGUGUUCCAAUCAAAUCUUUCAAUUGUAGCAUUUGUAGGUCCUCUGCUACUGACUCUGCAAUAUGCUUGAUUGCUGGCAUAAUUGCCUUUGUAAUUACACUAGUCAGAGAUAAUUCAUUCGAAAAUUAAGUGCCCCAUUCCUUUUUCACAUCUCGUUGUUACACAAAUGAGGGGAAGUAGUCUGGAGGAAAGGGUAUUCUAUCGUAAUGAACACAUGGAAGAGAUAUGAUCUCCUAAAGCAGUCCAUCAAGCAUUAUUCAUCAUGUCCUCGACUUGAAUCAAUACAUAUUGUGUGGAGUGAACCCAAUCCUCCUUCAGAUAUUCUUUUAAAAUUUCUACGCCAUGUUGUAAAGACCAAGUCUAUAGAUGGACAACAUGUGAAAUUGAAGUUUGAUGUCAACAAGGAAGACAGUUUGAACAAUAGAUUUAAAGAAAUUAAGGAUUUGGAGACAGAUGCUGUUUUUUCUAUUGAUGAUGAUGUCAUAUUUCCUUGCUCUUCGGUGGAAUUUGCAUUUGAUGUUUGGCAAAGCGCACCUGAUACAAUGGUGGGAUUUGUACCUCGUGUUCAUUGGAUGGAUUCAUUGAAAGGUGAUGGCAACAAAUUUAGAUAUGGGGGAUGGUGGUCAGUGUGGUGGACUGGUACAUAUAGCAUGGUGCUCUCCAAGGCAGCGUUCUUUCACAAAAAGUAUUUCAUUCUCUACACAAAUGAGAUGCCAGCAUCAAUAAGAGAAUAUGUAAUCAAGAACAGGAAUUGUGAAGAUAUUGCAAUGUCUUUCCUUGUUGCAAAUGCAACUGGUGCACCUCCCAUAUGGGUUAAAGGUAAAAUAUUUGAGAUUGGAUCAACUGGAAUCAGUAGUUUGGGAGGUCACACUGAAAGAAGAACAGAGUGUGUCAACAGAUUUGCCGCCGUGUAUGGCCGGAUGCCCUUGGUAUCUACCUCGGUGAAGGCUGUUGAUAGCCGCAAUAUAUGGUUUUGGUAACGCUGGAUUUUGAUUCUAUUUGCAGUUUUAGAAAUUCCACUAUGGUCAAUUAGUAGCUAGUUGAGUUACUUGAUUCACGUUAGUUACAUAGCUGUAAAAUAUUUAAUCUUAUACACAAUUCAUGCAUUUUAGAGAGGAGAGCUAAUUUAGCAAAUUCCUUAGAUUGAUUUCUUGUACUACUGAUUUGUAAUACAAGGCAGCAUCUUGGGGUGCUUUUUGUCUCAAAAUAUUAAGCAAUUGAUUGUAGAAUA